AUGUCAUAUAAUUUUCAUUCAGAUUUAUUAAAAGAUUUUUAUCAGCUACUUCAGACCGAAAUUGAUUAUAAUGUGGUAAUCCAAGUCGGUAAAUCCAACUCUGAUGAAAAACACGUUGACGUUAAAGAGCUUCAUCAAAAUCAACCACCUAUAAUCGAAACGACCGUAAUUCAAGAUGAGCAAACAGAUUCUAAUAAAAAAGAAGUUGAACUUGAAGAAGGUCAUGAGCCAAAUGAAACCAAGCGAAUUGAGGACAAACUUGAGACUAUUGAAGAAGAAACCACUCUCACACUAGAUGAUGAAGACAUUGAAUCCAUAACUUCAGUUGAACCCGAAGGGGAUGUCGUAAUCCAAGAUGACCAAAUGGAUUCUGACUCUAAACAAGAUGUUGAUAUUAAUGAAACAACAAUUGAUGAAACCAAAGUUGAAACUAAAGUCGAAACCAAAAUUGAAACUAAAGUCGAAACCAAAAUUGAAACUAGAGUUGAAACCAAAGUUGAGACCAAAGUUGAAAACGACGUUAAUAAUGAUGACGUAGGUCACGAUCGGCAAACCGACUCCAAGCAGCAGCAGCAAGGCGGCAACUUUAAAGAAUUUCAUGUACAUUCUAAUAUUUUGCGUAUUAGGUCCAAAUAUUUUAGUAAAAUAUUUUCUAAUAAUGAGGUCGAGAAGAAUGAAGACGGAAUUUAUUACAUAAAAAGACCUAAUAUUGCUCCAGAAGCUUUUGAAUUUAUUCUCAAAGAUAUUAAUACGGGAGAGAUCGGCAGAGUGGUAAAUUCAGAAUGUGCUGUCCAAUGUCUCAGUAAUUAUGGUCCAAUCUUUGGUUCCUACGUAACCAAUUUGUCUGUAUUCAAAAAGUCGGAUAAAGUUUCCCCAGAGGAUCAAAGUCCGGAAGUGGGUGGUAAUGGUAUAAUGAUGAGGCCAAAUGGUAAAUGGAG